UGCGGGCCUCGGCUGCCCGCCAUGGGCCGGAGGAGGGCGGCGCGGGGGUCGGGCGCCGGCGGAGGGCGCGCUCGCCGCCCCGCGGGCCGCUCUCUGGAGGCUUUCGCGGAGGACGUGGGAGCCGCGCUGCGCGCAUCCGUGGAGCCAGAGGCGGCGGAGGAGGAAGGCGGCUCGGGCCCGGCGCGGCCACCCUGCCCACUGGCCAUGUGGGAGCUGGGCCACUGCGACCCCCGGCGCUGCACUGGUCGCAAGCUGGCCCGCCUGGGCCUGGUGCGCUGCCUGCGCCUGGGCCAGAGGUUCGGCGGCCUCGUGCUCAGCCCCGUGGGCUCCCAGUACGUGUCCUGCGCCGACAGGCAGCUGGUGGCUCAGUGCGGGGUCGCUGUCAUCGACUGCUCCUGGGCCCGACUGAAUGAGACACCGUUUGGGAAGAUGCGUGGGAGCCACUUGCGGCUGCUGCCGCACCUGGUAGCUGCCAACCCCGUGAACUAUGGCCGGCCCUGCAAGCUGUCCUGCGUGGAGGCCUUUGCUGCCACCCUGUGCAUCCUGGGCUUCUCAGACCUUGCUAUCAUUUUGCUGCGGAAGUUCAAGUGGGGCAAGGGCUUCUUGGACCUGAACCGCCAGCUCCUGGACAAGUAUGCAGCCUGCAGUGGCCCGGAGGAGGUGCUGCAGGCAGAGCAGGAGUUCCUGGCCCACGCCAGGGAGCGCCCCGAGGAGGAGGAAAUUGAUCCUUUUGACGUGGAUUCUGGGCGGGAGUUUGCAAACCCCAACAGGCCAGUGGCUGGCGCUCGGCUGCUCCCAGACAGUGGUGACAGUGACAGUGAGGAUGAGUCCGAGGAGCGGGGACCUGAUGCCGAGGACAGAGGAGAGAGCAGCAGCUGCCCCGAGGAGGAGGAGCAAGGGGCAGAGGCCGGGGUCCCCCCAGAGGUUUGGAAAGGAAUCAAGAAACGGCAGAGAGACUGAAGUUUGCAGACACGUGUAUUUCUUCACGACGGAGCAAUAAGGAACUCAAGAUACAGCAGGACUCGUGGGGACACAGACAGGCCUGGCAGCCUCAGCCCUCGUGGCACUGGACUCUAUCCCCAUGCUUCUGACACGGCUGUGCUCUGGGGCCUCCGAGCCCGCCCAGUGAAGCUGCAGGCCAAGGACAUCCCGGUGUGAGCUUGUUUCUUUGCACUUGGCCAGGGAAUUGGGGGAGGAGGGGACGACGCUCAGUCUCCAGUGAGGCAGGCCCUGCCUGGGGAGGGUCUGGACUGUGGGGGUGCCGGGCGUGGAGCAGGUCCUGCGCGGGCAUGUGUGUGUGGACACAGAAGGAGAACAUGCUGGAGAGCUGCGUGGCCAGCA